CUUCUACGGCGCUUUCGAUGAUCCUGCGAGGGGCGCUCUAUCCUGCAACGGUUGCUAGGGUUCCAGAGUCCGGCCGCUGACGUCAUCAAACAAGAUGGCGGAGGAGAACAUUUUCCUAUUUGUGCCCAACCUGAUCGGUUAUGCCCGGAUACUUUUUGCCUUUGUUGCUUUCUUUUUCAUGCCGAGCUCCCCCCUGGUGGCGUCCACCUUCUACCUGCUCAGCGGCCUCCUGGACGCCUUUGAUGGACAUGCAGCACGAGCACUUAACCAAGGCACCAAGUUUGGAGCCAUGCUGGACAUGCUGACCGACCGCUGUGCCACCAUGUGUCUCCUGGUCAAUCUGUCCCUGCUGUACCCAUCGUACACCCUGCUAUUCCAGCUGAGCAUGAGCCUGGACAUUGCCAGUCACUGGCUGCACCUCCACAGCUCAAUCCUGAAUGGCAGCGACAGCCACAAGACUAUCGACCUGUCGGGGAACCCUGUGCUGCGGCUGUAUUACACCUCCCGGCCUGUCCUGUUCCUCAUGUGUGCCGGGAAUGAACUCUUCUACUGCAUGUUGUACCUGCUGCACUUCACCGAGGGACCAGCAGUCACGUUGGGGCCCCUCGGGGCGGUCGGACUCUUCCGCCUCCUCAUCUGGCUCUGCUGUCCGGUGUCUCUGCUGAAGUCUCUGAUCAGCCUGCUGCACCUGGUGACUGCCUCCUGCAACAUGGCCGCCCUGGACAGCGCUGAGCGGGCCAAGAAGAAGUGACGGACGGAUCCAUAGAGGGAACUAAUUUAUUAUCUGAGUGUUCGUUCUCCCGGAUCUCCCCACCUAGACCUCAUUCCCCUCCCCCAAGGCCACUGCCCCAGUGCACCAUGUGACUCUGUCGCCCCCUGGUGGUGGCCUCAGGUAUCUCUCACUUUUCUGCUCCGCAUUGGUGCGAGUUGUUGGGGCGUUGCUCACGGUUUGUAUUGAUCACUUAUCCCCAACCUUUUACUGUAAUUUUUUUUAUAAUUUUUUUUAAUAUUGGUGUCCUAUCAUGUUACAUUGAAUUGCUCCUAAUUAUCAACCUGUAGGGGUUUUUAGACUGUUUAGUGGAUCUUGGCACAGACAGUAGACUGUAUUCCGCCUCCCAUCAUGCACUGCUGGCAGAUAACCUCCAGGGACGAUGAAAGGCGCCAGGCCGCCUGUCUGCUGCGUGUUUACAGGGAUGUGUGGAGGAUACGGGUGGAGAUACAUGCUCGUUAUUUCGCCUCUCUCCUCCCACGGACUGUAUAUAAGGACAGAGGUAUGUAAUGGAGGAGAGAAGGACCAAGUAUCCCCCUGGGGGUUCACUCGGGGGCUGCGUAUGAGAAAAGACUCAGGGAUAAGCGCAACUCGGAGCUUCACUUCUACAUAUCAUGUCACAGGUCAACAACAUGGCCGCUUUCUUCCCGAAACAGCACCCAACCCCAUCUUGAUUUGCAUUGUGUCUUUUACUCCAGUCACAACCAGAGCUGCAUUCACAAUCUGACUGGCUGCCAUUUGUGCUGACAGCAUGGCUGAACUCCCGUACCGCUCUGCACACUCUGCCCCUAUCCUGUCUGUACUAAAUAUCCCACAAUGCUCCAAGCAAAGCAUUGACCAUAAAGAAACUGACCUGGGAUGGUGGGGGUUAACAACGUGCCGUCCUGCACCCUGACUGCUGACAGGAAUGCAGCUCUGGCUGUGACUGGAGUAUAAGACAUGAGAUGACUCUGAAGUCGUAUUUAGAAGUGAACCAGCCCCGGCCGUGUAUGGCGCCUGUCCCUGCCCCGUUUUCCGUUUGCAGCGUCCGAUGCUGCGGGGUCCAUGAUUGUGAGACUACUUUAUGUUGUAUUUUAUUGGACCAGUGAUGUACAUGACGCAGUCGUCCUUUAUUCCAGCUGCGCGGAGCAGGUGACAUAAAUCUAUAUAAUAUGCGGGUGUAGGGAGCACGCAUUGGCGGUAUUCUGUGUCACGGCUGUUGUACCCAGUAGCAGAGCAUCGCGCCCCUCUCUGUCAUUCCUCCUGUAGCCGGUCCCACUGUCUAUUAUAAUAAAGGAUUCUGAACAUGG